CGACCACCAAGAACCAUGGCGGAGUUAAUAUCGUGCGCGAAAAAUACUCAAUUGCACAGUUUCCCAGAGCUGGAGCUCCUAUCCACUAGUGCUCAUGUCGACAGCAACGCGUCCAGUGAUUGCCAGUUUUUUGGCUCGUCCAAGCUGUUUGUACGGGCAAACAAGAACCGGGGGAUCGAGCUGCUGCGCAUCAAGAACAGCGAGCAGCCAACGGAUGAUGGCGCUGGCGGAUGUCCUGGAAGCAGCCGCACCAUUGCCAGUGUGAGGAAGAUGAUGGUUGACAACCUAUACUGCGUCGCUUGUCCCAAAAGCGUAGGCCGAGAUGAAAUAGCGAUAGGACUCACUUCCGGCAGUAUUCGCUUCAUGAACUACAAGAAGGCAAAUUUUACCAAACGCUUCAACGCCGAUGGCAUCGCUAUCGGUGUUACCUUCCUCGAUUUCAACGCUAACGACCAACUGCUGGCGGCAGUUUACGAAAAUGGACUGAUCAAUUUGUAUGGCAUGAAGACAAGCGUCAAGUGCCAAACGAUUCCGUUCGAUAAAAACACGAUCAAGGCUCGAUUCCAUCCAACGAAGCGCAGUAUGCUGGCAAUGGCCUCCUACAAUGGGGCAAUCGUGCAAUACGAUACACAAACAAAGAAACCGGUGUUCUCCCAGCCAACUGCUCACAGUGCACCGUGCAGAGAUCUGGCGAUGGUAGAAACCUAUCCGGAUUAUCUGUUUUCCGUCGGGUACGACUGUGUGAUCAACAUUUUCGACGUGCGCUGCAAGCAGCCGGCGUCGCAAGUUCAGUCAAACUAUCCGUUCGAGUCGUUGGCGAUCGCUAACGAUGGACACCGAUUCGCCGUGGGCAAUUUAAAAGGCUAUGUCUAUGGCUAUGACCUGCGCAGUCUGCGCGAUCCACUGAAUAUGCAGAAGCUACAUCAAAGCAACGUCAACAGCUUGGCAUUCGUGCCGCAACCGCAAAAGGAUGGUUCUGGGAGGCGUAGCAUGUUCGAGCUGGAAGAAACCGGCUGUGCCUCUGCUACUAAGGUAGCGGUUCGGGGAGGGCGUGUAAGCGAAGGAUCGAUCCAUGUUGCCGAGGAGAAGAAAAAUGUUGGAAAGAAUGAUCAUGUCUCCGAGCAGCGCGAUAGUUUUAUGGGUGAAAUCGAUAUGUUUCUGCAGCGUCGAGACUCUCCAUUAGACUGUAUGUCCCGUCUAAGCACUUCAUCGCGGCUGAGCACCGAAUCCCGCAACAGUAUGCAGAUGGGGGACAACAAUUUAGUCGGCCUGCUCGACGACCUUUCCGACUGUAAUGUAGACGUGAUGGAAGGGAAGGCGAAUGAUUCGGGAGAAAAAUCAUUGCAGUCGUCGCUCAACAUCGACGAUAGCUUCGUGAACAUCGACCGACUGGUGAAGCGGACAAAGGUAGAGAGUAGUGGUCGAGGGAUUAAUGGCAGUGGUGAUCUGCAGCGGCUCCAUCGCACGGCGGUAAACUCGAGGAUGGGAGAAAACUUAGAAUACAUCCGUGAAGAAGGUUCCGAAAUGGUAGAAAGCGAUUGCGAAGCAGGCGUUACACGAAGUAGUGACAACAGUAGCGCUGGCAACAGAGUCAGCAGCAACAGAAGCAGUAUUACCAGCGUUACCAGUAACAACAGUACUCAGAAAGCUACUACCAGUGCGGCAAAUCGUGUUUUAGUCGAGAGCCAGCAGGGAAAUUUGGUUUCCAAGCCUAGCAGUUUAACGCAUGGCGGUGUCACUUCGGAAGCAUCGCAAUCUGACAAAGAGAACCAAGCACGCCACUUGCAACUGGUGAGCAUGAACGACGAUCCCCAUCUGCCAGCAUCCCAUCCCUCUCCGCUCGUCGAUAGGGCACCAGCGACAGGCGACGGAAAUCAAAUCAAGCCUGCUCACCACCGGCCGGAUCCGGAAUUUGCUUCUCCAGGCGUUCGAACUGAAGUAGAGGAGCUUCGCCGAAUCAUGCUGGAGCAGUUUCAGUUGAGCAGCCUACAGCACCAAGACUCGGAACGGGAACUGCGUAGCUACCUGUGGAUGGGGAUGUUCAAUCUGUGGCGUGAGACGCAAGGCAAACUGGAAUCAUUAGAACAAACCGUUUCCACAGGACUGGGGAUGCUCUUAGCGAAGGAUGAGUUUUCACAACAGUUCAUUGCUACGAGGGCAGAGAAUGAAACUCUCAAGAAUCGGGUGCGCGAACUGGAAGAAAAACUGCAACAGUUUGCAACUAGUUCGCUAAAACGCUGAACCGAUUUUUGUACAAUAUGGUCGAUAAAGGUACUGAUACCGCACAAUUGAUUGGAAGGAGAAGCUUGUUACGUGCCACUAGUGUAAUGUGAAAUGAUCUUGUCACAUUUUGACGAAGUAAUGGUCAUUUUUGUGAAAUAUACUUUUCUUUCGGUAGUAGGAAGGGCCUUGCAACGAAGUGAAGAAGACUCUGCCGUAUUAUACAUAUCCUGUUGAAUAAAAUGAAAGAGGUAUUUAAGUA